CUGGCGGGGCGGAGCCUACCGCAAGCCGGGCGCACGGCAGCGGCUGCAGCAUGGGUCCUCGCCCGCGGCGAGCCUCGCUGGCUUAGGCUGCCCGCGGCGCCCGCAGCGGCGGCGCCAUGAAGGGGGCCCUGGGGAGCCCGGUGGCCGCCGCGGGCGCCGCGAUGCAGGAGACGUUCGGCUGCGUCGUGGCCAACCGCUUCCACCAACUGCUGGACGACGAGUCGGACCCAUUCGACAUCUUGCGCGAGGCCGAGCACCGGCGCCAGCUGCAGCGCAAGCGGCGCGACGAGGCGGCGGCGGCCAGCGGAGCCGGGCACCGGGGCGGCCGGAGCCCGGCUGUGGCCUCAGGAUACAGACCCGGUGCGGCCGGCCGCAGGGAGUCGCAGAAGGAGCGCAAGAGCCUCGCGGCGUCGGGCGCACAGCAGCCAGACAGCCCUGGGGGCCCGCAGCCGCCAGGCCAGAAGCGGACUCCUAGAAGAGGGGAGCAGCAAGGAUGGAACGACAGCCGGGGGACAGACGUGUUUGAUAGAACAGAGCGGAGGUCCCACAGGGAACAUCGACUCUAUGACACUGAGAGACAGGCAGACUUGACAGCGGAGAAGUUUACAGAUGAAAAACCAGUUGACAGGUUUGAUCGAGUCAGACCACCCAGAGGACGUGGAGGCCCCAGAGGAGGCCUGAGGAGCAGAGGCCGAGGUGGUCCUGGGAACAGAGCUUUUGACUCCUUUGACCAAAGAGGGAAACGAGAUUUUGAAAGAUACAGUAGCAAUGAUAAAGUAACAAACAGAAUGGAAGACAGCAUGGGUGGCUGUGGUGUUCGCCCCUGGGGAUCAGGUAAAGACACUAGUGACACAGAGCAACCUGUACCCAUGGAAGAGAUCUCGAUGAUGGAGGAGUCCCAGGGCGCCCUGGAUGAGGAGUCUCUAGCCAAAGUUCCUGAGUUGGAGGUAGAAGAGGAAAAUCCAGUCCAAGAGAUGACCUUAGAUGAGUGGAAAACCCUUCAAGAGCAAACCAGACCAAAGCCUGAGUUCAACAUCCGGAAGCCAGAGUCCACAGUUCCUUCCAAGGCAGUGGUGAUUCACAAGUCUAGAUACAGAGAUGAUAUGGUGAAGGAUGAUUAUGAGGAUGAGUCCCAUAUCUUCCGGAAAGCUGCCAAUGACAUCACAUCCCAGCUGGAGAUUAACUUUGGUAACCUCCCUCGCCCUGGACGGGGAGCCAGAGGUAGUACCCGAGGAGGGCGAGGAAGGAUCAGAAGAACAGAGAACUAUGGCCCCAGAGCAGAAGUGGUGACACAAGAUGUCGCUCCCAACCCGGAUGACCCUGAGGACUUCCCCGCCCUGGCCUAACAGCCAUUCCCCUGCAGCAGAGCAGCACUAUGAAGAGACUUUCCUUGCCUGGAGAAGAGUCAGAUUCUAAGAACAAUAGAUGUUGCUUUUCCUGUGUCGUGUGAA